GCCCCCUCUGAGUGACUCAGCAAAGCAGGAAGUGUUUACAGCUGUCACCACCCUGCAUCUGAAAGGUACAUCUAAACGCUUUUUCCCAUCAAAACUCCUACAUUUAAGAGUUUCCAGUGCUGACAUGGCUGGCAGGCUCUCUCUGCCUGAGGUGGACCUCACCUGCCCCGUGUGCUGCGACAUCUUCAAGGAGCCGGUGGUCCUGAAGUGCAGCCACAGCUUCUGUGCGGCGUGCCUGCAGCAGUACUGGGCCCGUCAGGGGAGGAGGCGUGACUGCCCCCUCUGCAGGACCCUCAGCGUGGACGACCCCGUCCCCAGCCUGACCCUCAGGAACCUCUGCGAGGCCUGCGUGACGGAGGACGAGGGUCAGACGGCAGGCGACGCAGAGGGGGGGCUGUACUGCGACCCGGAGGUCACGUGCCCCCUCCACGGGGAGAGGCUGAAGCUGUUCUGCCUGCUGGACAAAGAGCCCAUCUGUGUGGUCUGCCACACGUCCAGGAGGCACAAGCAGCACGACUGCUGCCCCGUCAGCGAGGCGGUGGCGGAUGUGAAGGACAAAAUGCAAUCCGCCCUCAGCUCCCUGAAGGACAAGCGGGACGCUUUUGAAACGAUGAAGAAGAGCUUGGAGAGCACAGCUGUGCACAUCCAGGAACAGGCUCGGUUUGUGGAGAGGAGGACCCACGAGGAGUUUGAGAAGCUCCACAACUUCCUACUCGCUCAGGAGGAGUCCAGGAUGGAGGAACUGAGGGGGGAGGAGGAGCAGAAGAGCCGAGGAGUGAGGCAGCAGAUCCAAGACGUAGAGGAGAAGCUGUCGUCCGUGUCCGAAACCAUCCGGGUUCUGGAGGAGGAGAUGGCCCUGGAGGGCCUAUCGGUUCUGCAUAAAUCCAAGAGCACUCUGGCAAGAGCCACCCAUCCGGUAGAAGAUCCCGUUAUGGCUUCAGGAUCCCUCAUAAAUGUGGCCAAAUACGUUGAUUCUCUGGCGUUCCAGGUGUGGAAGAGGAUGCAGAUGUUGAUUAAAUUCUACCCCAUCACUCUGGAUCCCAACACCGCCGCCCCCUGGCUCGUCCUGUCGGAUGAUCUCACCAGCGUCCAGGACAGCGACGUGAAGCGGAAGCUUCCCGACAACCCGGAGCGCUUCGACCCCGACGCCGCCGUGCUGGGCUGGCCGGGCCUUAGCGUGGGCAGGCACGCCUGGGAGGUGGAUGUGGGAGACAACACGGCGUGGGUCAUCGGCGUGGCCAAAGCGUCUGUCAAACGGAAGGAGAAACUGCCCUCGGUGCUGAACAACGGCUACCUCUGCGUGUACUUUUACCACAAAAUGUACUUCGCAGGCACGUCCCCGCUGACGCGGCUGGCGCUGAAGACGAAUCCGCAGAGGAUCCGGGUGGAGCUGGACUGUGACAAGGGCAGGGUGUUGUUCCAUGACCCGCACAGCAACACGCACAUCCACACCUUCAAGCACAGCCUCACCGAAACGGUCUUUCCGUACCUGUGGGUGGGCUGCCGCAACAAUCCGCUGACCAUCCGGCCUGUGGAAGUUUCCCUCAAACUUCACCAGUUUUCCUAAAAGCCAUUUUCAACUCUUGGGUCAAACUUGACCUCCUUUUUUUACUAUAAAGGAGGCACUUUUAGCCCAGUUUCUAAACUUACUCGGUGGCUUUUGUUAUACUGCAGAUUGCUGUGCUCUUAUUUUGACAAAUAGCACACAAAAAAUAAACAAUUUGUGUAUUUUUUUAAGUAAUUGGCAUGAAAAUUUUUAAAAAUGUUCAUCUAUUGAUUUGUGGAAAGAAUAUGCUACUAACUGUUAAAUAAGGUGUGUAAAAUGAUUACAGUUUCCUGCACACUUGAUUCUCAAGAUGUUGAUUGCAAAAAAAUAAAGCUAAAUCUGAAGUA